UAUUCUGUGUCCGCCGUGUUAACUCCAGCGCUUUUGGACGUUCCCGAUACGUGUCCGGACCGCUUCCGAAGCGGGGAAGCGCGGGUCGAAGGCCGGAGCUUCAUUGGACUUAUCCACUCUCAGCCAUCUUAUGUGUGCAGAGAUGGAAAGCUGUACCAGUAACAGCAGUGACAACAAUCACUGGAGAGCCGAGGAAGCCAUUGGUGGCAACGCUGAAGCUCUUCAGGCCCUUAGAGAACUCAUCAUAUUUCCUCUUCAUUUCUCACAAGAGGCAAAGAAGCUUGGCCUUAAGUGGUCCAGAGGAUUGCUGCUGUACGGUCCACCAGGAACUGGAAAGACAAGUUUGGUACGAGCAGUUGUUCGGGAGUGUGGGGCACAUUUGACAAUUAUCAGUCCACACACUGUUCACAGAGCACAUGCUGGUGAGAGUGAGAGAAUUCUCCGUGAUGCUUUUUCUGAGGCAUCAUCUAAUGUAGCCUGGGGCAAGCCAUCCGUUAUCUUUAUAGAUGAAAUAGAUGCGUUGUGUGCUCGCCGAAGUUCCAAAAGGGAACAAGAUGUUCGACUUGCCUCUCAACUAUUUACACUGAUGGACUCAAUUAAACCAACCUAUUCUACACCAGGCGUAGUUGUUGUUGCAUCAACUAACAGAGUGGAUGCAAUUGACCCUGCACUAAGAAGGUCUGGACGUUUUGAUGCUGAAAUAGAAGUUACUGUCCCAAAUGAAGAGGACCGCUAUCAAAUUCUGAAGUUGUAUACAAAGACAAUUCCCUUGGAUCCCAGUAUUGACUUAAAGUCUAUUGCUGCAUUGUGCAAUGGUUAUGUUGGAGCUGAUUUGGAGGCUUUGUGUCGUGAAGCUACCAUGAUUGCAAUUAAACGAUAUUCAAACGCAGAAGAUGCUAGUAAUUUCAGUCUAACAAUGAAAGAUUGGAAGAAUGCGAGGUCUGUUGUUGGUCCCAGUAUAACAAGAGGUGUUACUGUGGAAAUUCCCAAAGUGACUUGGGAAGACAUUGGUGGAUUAAAAGAAUUAAAGAAAAAACUCCAGCAAGCUGUCGAAUGGCCUAUUAAGCAUUCUGCUGCAUUUUCAAGAUUAGGAAUAUCCCCUGUACGUGGAAUUCUUCUCCAUGGGCCUCCUGGAUGUUCCAAAACUACCCUUGCCAAAGCGGCUGCACAUGCUGCCCAAGCAUCUUUCUUUUCCUUAAGUGGUGCAGAAUUGUAUUCGAUGUAUGUUGGAGAGGGGGAAGCUUUACUUCGGAAAACAUUUCAUAGAGCACGCCUUGCAGCACCCAGUAUAAUAUUCUUUGACGAGGCUGAUGUGGUAGCUGCCAAACGGGGUGACAGUUCAAGUAAUAGUGCUACAGUUGGAGAGAGACUUUUAUCCACUCUGCUAACUGAGAUUGAUGGCUUAGAAGAAGCAAAAGGAAUUCUUGUUUUAGCAGCUACAAAUCGCCCCUAUGCAAUUGACGCUGCACUCAUGCGUCCUGGGCGUUUUGAUCAGGUUCUGUAUGUACCACCACCUGAUUUAGAGGCUCGAUACGAGAUACUUUGUGUUCAUACGCGAAAGAUGAAAACAGGUCAUGAUGUUGACCUCAGAAGGCUAGCAGAAGACACAGAACUGUUUACAGGUGCUGAACUGGAGGGACUAUGCAAGGAAGCUGGAAUUGUAGCUCUAAGGGAAGACAUAUCUGCUGCCAUUGUGUUUGAUCGCCAUUUCCAGAUUGCAAAGAGUUCUUUAAAACCAGCUUUAACAAAAGCAGAAAUUGACUCGUACUCAUCUUUCAUGAAGACCUCAUCUCGAGCUUUGCCAAGCCACUCCGAACCAGGUUUGAAAGGAGACAAAGGCAAAAGGAACAGGUCAGAUUCUUUGUCUUUGGUCAAAAUUUGGGUUGUCAGCUGCUUGUUAGUGGCUGCUGCUGCUGAAUACAUAUAUCGUGUAUGGGGAAACCAAAGUGUACAUGACAUAGCUACCUGAAGAGCAUUUUCCUUUUGUAGUUUUUGGAUCAAUCCAUUUUUUGUUGUGUUGACAUAGUGAGUAAAAUUUUGGUCAUAGUAGGAUUUCUUUUGUUAAAUACAUAUUAUUAGUAAGUUAGUUAUUCAUUAUAGAUGUGAUUUGGCAUAAUUUUAGGGC